UCGAUAUCAAUGGCGUUCAAUCCUUACCAGCAGCCAACGCAGCCGAUGAACGGCCUGCCACAGUUCUCGCCGUUCUUUGCCAACAACAACAACAAUCCAAACCCAAGCAAUCCAAUGAUGAUGGCUGGGCAGCAGCAGCAGCAGUACGCGCAGGGACAGCAGCAGAUGGACUUUGGCAAUGGAAACCAACUGUUCAGCACAAUGAUGUCGCAGGGCCAGGCGUUCAUGGCCAACCCGGCAACCAACCUCGCGCUCCAGCACGGAUUCAGCGUCGCAGAGAACUAUGUCGGCAAGAACUUGAGCCGGUUUGUGACCAUCAAUAAGCUCAAGUACUACUUUGCUGUCAACACGUCGUACGUUGCGCGCAAGCUGCGGCUGGUGCUCUUCCCCUUCUUGAACCGAGACUGGAGCCGCAAGCAUGGCACGGAUCCGUCAACCAACUCCAUUUCGUUCUUGCCUCCCCGUGACGACGUGAACGCGCCCGAUCUGUACAUUCCUGUGAUGGCGUUCGUCACAUACGUCCUGCUCGUUGGGUUUUGGCUUGGCGUUCAGAAUAAGUUUACCAUCGAGUUGCUGGGAAUGACGGCAAGCUCUGCACUCGUCUGGUACAUUUUCGAAGUCGCCGCCAUGUCUUUGAGCAUGUACAUCAUGAACAUCAACUGCCCCAUCCAAACCAUGGACUUGAUGGCCUACUGCGGUUACAAAUAUGUCGGCAUGAUUGUGACCAUCAUUUCCAUGUUUGUGCUCAAUUCCCUCGGAUCGUCUGCCGUCUUGCUGUUCUGCUGCCUGUCCUUGUCGUUUUAUUUGGUGAAGACACUACGAUUGGCCAUGGUGGACGAGGGCGGCGCGCAAGAUCACGGCUACAAGCGCCGGACGUACUUUAUUCUUUCGAUUGUCGCUGCCCAGGUUUUGCUAUCCUUCUACCUGACCAUUUAUUAGCCAUGAGAGCCUGUCGUGGCUUUUAUUUGACUCGCUGUGUGCUGUUGAUUGUUUUGUUGUUGCUU